GGCGGGCCCACACGCACACACAAGAGGAGGGCCAUUGGGACAGAUCAGAGACGACCACGAACUAAAACUAAUUUGUCUUUCUUCGACGCUCGUUGGGAUUAAGAAGAGGCAAAGGUAGCAUUUAGGUAGCCCACGUUAUACAUGGAAUGCGACUGACGCCACUUAGUCAUCAUGGUAUCUGGCAAGGUGUUGCAACUGUUGGCACUGGCCUGCCUCGCUUCUGUUUCCUCUGCUGAAGAAUACUGCCAUUUGGUGACGUCUCCACAGUCUCCAGUAAUUGAGGUUGGGACUAACUUCACAGCUACAUGCGUGAUCGUCCACACAGAUACAAUCACAGCAGAUAAUCUCUACUGGAAGUUGGCUUCAAAUGUUAUACCCAAAGAACAGUACAUCAAGAUCAACAGCUCAGCGCUUAAUGUCACUGUCCUCAUCACAAGUGACAAAUUGGAAUAUUUAUAUUGCUACUCCGAAGAAGUCUCACCCGAAGUUAAAUUGAACAACGGCAAAUAUUUUCAUGGGAUAUUACUCAGGAAAGGCUAUGCCCCACAGAAGCCCAUGAAUCUGUCCUGUCAAGCAGUUCAGAAGGGUCAUUUAAUCUCUUCAAACCUCGCAUGUUGGUGGAAUGUAACUGGACGCCAGACUAAAGAUGUCCCUACGACAUACACAGUGUUUGUGACAGAGUCCCCAGCGGAUAACACCUUUAAUGCGACAACAACGCAAAACAGUGUUGAUGUGGCAAUGAACAUCUUUCCGCAUUAUUUGCGACUGGACAUCCGAGUGGAGGCACGCAAUGAAUUUGGAACAACAGAGUCUGAGCAUCUGGUAAAUUCCGCUAAUUGCUUUGUGAAAACAAACCCUCCAUCAAAUGUCAUGGUCAUUCCAGAGAAAACUUUCCCCACCUCUGUUCUCAUAAACUGGACAGUUCCUCUUCGCCACGAAUAUGUGGCUCUGCAUUAUCAUAUCAGAUACUGUCCACGCGGCCUUCAGACUUGGAUUGAUGUGCCUCUUUCGGAUACUGCUUACUACAUACAGUCCUUCAGACUCCAAAGUCUUCAACCCGACACAGUUUAUGACAUCCAGGUACGCUGCAAAUAUUCUGACAAGUGCAACGUUUACUGGAGCAACUGGAGUACCAACGCUACCGUGAGAACACCAGAGGAUCGACCAGGAGGGAAACCGGAUAUAUGGAAAAUAAUUGAUGAUGGGACAAAUGAACGACAAGUGGAGAUAAUUUGUAAGGAUCCCAAGUAUCCCAAUGGCAGAAUAACAAGUUUCAACAUGAGAAUUUACAACAAUAAAGAAGCCAAGAAUGGAAGUGGCAAGUGGGAGAGUAUCCCAGUCAACAGGACCGAGGCUGAAACCCUCUCCAGUCAAGGGUCUUUCACGCUUAAAAAGAUUUCCCUGCCUGACAAGAAAUGGAGUUUUAAAGUGUCUGUCGUCGCUGUCAAUUCUGUGGGGCAAUCGAGUGAGGGAGUCUUGGGCAUCGAUGCACAACCACGUGGUCCUGCCCCAGAAGAAGUGAAGGUGUGGUCCCACGAAGGCCGGCUUUGGGUGAAAUGGAAACCUCUCAACGCUACACAACUCUCAGAAUAUGUGGUGGAAUGGCUCAGUGAUGGUGACCUAGACUGGCAGCGGGAAAAUAGGGGCACCACAUUCACUGCCAUUAAAGGGAACCUGAGGCCAUAUGUCUGCUACAAUAUUUCUGUGUAUCCUAUAUACCAUCGGUGGAUUGGGAAGCCAACUCGUGUACAAGCCUUUCUGGAGGAAGGAGCUCCGUUACAAGGCCCUGCUGUCAGACUAAAGGGUCCCCCAGGUAGCAAUGAGGCUGUGCUGGCAUUGGAGGAGAUUCCCCGAACCAGCCGAAGAGGCUUCAUCACAAACUACACAAUAUUCUAUUCAAAUGGGACAACAGUUCACAGCAUAACAGUGCCAUUCAAUACCACCUCAUACACUCUCAAGUCUUUGUCACGCAACACAAAGUAUGAAGUGGUUAUCCGGGCCUCAACCAUCGGAGGGUCAACAAAUGGCAGUAGUCACACGUUCACCACUAUGACAUAUGCACAAGGUGAAAUCGAGGGCAUCGUUGUAGGUGUGAGCAUUGGCUUUCUGUUUCUUUUUCUCAUGGCCAUGCUGAUCUGUAUCUACACAAAAGAUGUGAUCAAGAACAACUUCUGGCCUCAGAUUCCAAACCCUGGCGAUAGCACCAUUGGGACAUGGGCUCCUGAUCAUCCGUUAAAAACAGAGAUACCAAAGGAGAGCUGUCUUUCUGGCAUCAGUGUUCUUGAUGUGGAUAUGUGUGAUUCGAAGUGCAUGUUUGAGGAGGACAAGGCUAGUCUGGCUCUGAAGAAAGACAAGUAUCUGUCAGAGGAGCACAGCAGUGGCAUCGGUGGGUCUUCCUGCAUGUCCUCUCCUCGCCAGAGUGUGUCCGACAGUGACGAGGGCGGUGAUAUGGCUGACACCACAUCCAGCACCGUUCAGUACUCAUCUGUGGUGGCCUCCAGUGGUUACAAGGGCCAGACCCCAAGCUCUCAACCACAGCAGUCCAUUUUCUCGCGCUCCGAGUCCACACAACCACUGCUAGAUUCCGAGGAGCACCCAGACAUAUUGAUGCAGGAGGGCAGCAGACAUUUCCAGCAUUUCCACAGACAGCCCUGCUUUGCACGCAGGGCUGGGAAUGGAGACCCGGCCGACUCCGAUGACUUCAAUCUGAUGGAGAUGGAGCAGCAGGAGACACUGGAGUCUCUGGACUUCGGUCCCCUGGAAGAGGACAGUGAGCAGGCGACCCCUUCAGACAGCCUGUCAGGUGACUGGCAGCAAGCACCCCCACCCUCCAGCUACAUGCCUCAGCUGGGUGGCUAUAGGCCACAGUAAGGACAGAGAUGACUCAGGAGUCACCUGGGAACUAUUUUGACUAUCAUGGUUUCAUUUCAGGUCUUAUAAAUAAGUAAAGAAGACUGACCCAAUAUAUCUUUGCAUUUCACCAAGUAUCGAUACUCCUGUAUGCUGAGGGAGAGUACUCUUUAAAGUGCAAUGUCAACUAGAGCUUGUAGUGGUAGUUUGCUAGCUUAGCACUUGCGUUCACAUAGCCAUAUCUUUAUAUUAAAACUGUGCCCAAAACAUACUGACACAUCUGACAUGUGACAACAGUUUAUAAUUCUUAUUUUUUUAUUUUAAAAUACAACUGUUUGCCGAAAUGUCUGGCUUGACAUGAGCAUGGACCCUAGUUUAGGAAGUGAUGGGCACUUGCUUUCAGUUGGUUUCUCUGUUACUAGUGCUUUGCUGCAUUGCCCUCUAGUGGAUGUUUUUUUGCCCUGCUAGGCCUUGUUUAACAUACAGAAAAGUAUGUUUUCAGCUGAAGUAUAUACACUGCACAUGAAGGUAAUCAAGCUACAUGUGCUAAUGCUAAUACUGCUAAUGAGUGCAUGAUAAUUAAAGUUUAUUUGCCUUAGAAAAUAUAGAAACAUAGGAAAUGGGUAAAAACCAUAUCUUUUUAAUGUACCGUCUCUAGCUCACAGGACAUAGUUUAGUUGGAAAAUCGCUGCUUUAUGUGUGGAUAUCUUGCCAAGUUUACAGUCAACAGUGGGAGAGUUGAUUUAUUUUCAGUGUUGCCUGUGGAUACUGCAUUUUGAGAUGGACCCUUUCACCCUUUUCUGUGUCAGAGCAAGCAUUACAUCUUCAUUUCUUCUCACUUUAUAAUUUUACAUCACAACCUCGAACGUACUCUCAUCACAAGUAGCUGUGCUUUUUUUUUUUUUGUUUUUUUUUAAAGGACAUUCUUCUCAUUUUCCUCGACAUACACACACACACAGCAGACAAGCAAAGAAUGCCUUGCUUAACUGCUCUGGUCAUGAGGAUGGCCACGAUCUUCUGGGCAAAAUGUAAGGUUCAAACUCCGCUUUCCUGCAAAGGUCCCUCGAGCCACAUGUUACAUGGGAAAAGUUACAUGCUAAGCGUAGGCGGCAAAGGUUAACACUGUAAACAUGAAAUCCACAAUAAACAUUCAACGUAUUCAUGUCACCUGGUAA